AUGACGAUCCAAGGGAACUCUCACUUGCCGCCGGAUCCAACGCCCAAUCAGUUGAGCAGGAGCCGGAGCUUGACGAUCUGUAGGGUUCUGUCGGGCCGCGAUUCGCUGCUGCCGGAUCAUAUCCCCGGCGGUGCAGCCGUUGGGAUCGGUAACAGCAGCCAUCACAGCCGGGAGCUGAAGAUCAACAGCAUCGCCGGGAAUGGUAUUUCUGGAAUUUUGCACAAAUGGGUGAAUUAUGGGAAGGGGUGGAGGCCGAGAUGGUUCGUGCUGCAGGACGGGGUGCUGAGCUAUUAUAAGAUCCACGGGCCUGAUCGAAUCGUGGUUAAUCAGGAGGCUGUGAAAGGGUCGGCGGUGAUUGGGGAAGAAUCUAUGCGGCGGCUGUCUCGACACCACAACAAUCACCAACAUCACAGUCAUCAUAGAAACGGAAACAGUGGUUCAUCGGCAAGAGGCCGGAAGCCCGUUGGUGAAGUUCAUCUAAAGGUCUCAUCUAUUCGAGAGAGCCGUUCAGAUGAUCGGAGGUUCUCAAUUUUUACUGGCACAAAGAGGCUUCACCUGAGGGCUGAAAGCAGAGAGGACCGGAUGGCAUGGAUGGAAGCUUUGCAGGCUGUGAAGGACAUGUUCCCAAGGAUUUCCAAUAGUGAUUUAAUGGCUCCUGUGGACAGUUUAGCUGUCUCGACCGAAAGGUUGCGGCAGAGAUUGUUGGAAGAAGGUGCUAGUGAGACUGCCAUUCAGGAUAGUGAGCAGAUCGUGAGAAUAGAGUUUGCUUCACUGCAAAAUCAAUUGAUGGCUUUGAGGCACAAGUACUGUCACCUUGUGGACACACUGCGCCAGUUAGAGACAGAAAAAGUGGAUCUGGAGAAUACAGUGGUUGAUGAAAGCCAGAGACAGGUGAAAGAUGUGGGAGCAUCCUCUCGAUUUAGACAAGAGAAGUAUAGCGAAAGUGUGACUGAAUCUGAAGAUGAUAACGAAAGAAUUGAUGUGGCUGAGGAAGAUACUGAUGAAGAAGACAAUGCUUUCUUUGACACCAGGGAUUUCCUUUCAUCUGGUUCUCGUAAAAGCAAUGAGUCUGAAUUUAGGACGUCGUCUUUUUCAUCGGAUGAUGAUGAAUUUCAUGCUUUUGAAGCGGAGGAUGAUAUUGAUCCUGCCAUUAAAUGUGCUGGAAAAAAUUUUUCGCACAUUAAGCGUCGAAAGAAAUUACCAGACCCUGUUGAGAAAGAGAAAGGAGUUAGUUUGUGGUCAAUGAUUAAAGAUAACAUUGGGAAGGAUCUUACAAAAGUAUGUCUUCCAGUCUACUUUAAUGAGCCUCUCUCUUCUCUGCAAAAAUGUUUUGAAGAUUUGGAAUAUUCUUAUCUUCUCGAUCGAGCUUAUGAAUGGGGAAAGAGAGGCAACAGCCUCAUGAGGAUUUUAAAUGUAGCUGCAUUUGCUGUUUCUGGAUAUGCCUCUACAGAUGGAAGAAAUUGCAAACCAUUCAAUCCAUUGCUAGGCGAGACGUACGAGGCAGAUUAUCCAGAUAAAGGCCUCCGGUUCUUCUCAGAGAAGGUGAGUCACCAUCCCAUGAUUGUAGCAUGUCACUGUGAGGGUACAGGCUGGAAGUUUUAUGGUGAUAGCAACCUGAAAAGCAAAUUUUGGGGUCGAUCCAUUCAGCUUGAUCCCGUUGGUAUUUUAACUCUCGAGUUUGAUGAUGGAGAAGUCUUCCAGUGGAGCAAGGUAACAACAUCUAUAUACAAUCUCAUUCUGGGAAAAUUGUACUGCGACCAUUAUGGCACUAUGAGGAUACAAGGGAAUCGUAAUUACUCAUGUAAACUGAAAUUCAAGGAGCAGUCUAUCAUGGAUAGAAAUCCUCAUCAGGUCCAGGGACUUGUCCAUGACAACAGUGGAAAAACAGUGGCUACUUUGUUUGGAAAGUGGGACGGGAGCGUGCACUAUAUGAAUGGGGACUGCUCUGCAAAAGGAAAAGCUCCUGAAUCUGUUUCGGAGUCUCAUUUGCUCUGGAAACGUAACAAGCCUCCCAAAGUCCCUACGCGUUAUAAUUUCACACGCUUUGCAUUUACGCUCAAUGAGCUUAUUCCAGGGCUAAAGGAAAAGCUACCCCCAACAGAUUCAAGGCUUAGGCCUGAUCAGAGGUGCCUGGAAAAUGGGGAGUAUGAGAUGGCAAAUGCUGAAAAAUUGAGGCUAGAGCAGCGGCAACGGCAGGCUAGAAAAAUGCAAGAGCAAGGCUGGAAACCUCGAUGGUUCACGAAAGAGAAAGGAUCCGACACAUACCGGUAUGUUGGAGGCUACUGGGAAGCUAGGGAACAGGGAAACUGGGAAGCAUGCCCCGAUAUUUUUGGUCAGUUACCUUCUUCUGAUCACGUUUUGGGCGAGUAA